AUGCCGUCGGUCUUGAAGGUCCCAUCAGCAACCAGGCAACUUGUUUCCAACAUGUUCAGUUUUCUAAACUCACCGUCGCCGCAGAUCAGCGCGAUUGACAAAGGCGGCCAAUUCAGUACUCCGCAUGUGGCUAGAAGAAAUAAGGUAAAUGGUGGAGAAAGGAGAAUGAGCGAAUCAAACCAAGAAUCAUUGAAUACGAGUGCAAAGGCAUCUUUCAAAGGAAACAUUGAAAAGUGGGAGCCGAAUGUUUAUGAAAAAGAGCUCUUAAGGAGGACAUGGUCCGACGAGUUUGAUUUUCUGUACGAAUUGGGCUCGGCGAUUUACACCUACAUUUUCGAGCACAAUCCGCAUUGCAAAGAGCUUUUCCCGUUCAUUCGAAAAUAUCAGGGCGACGAGUGGAAGGACUCGAAAGAGUUUCGAUCGCAGGCACUCAAAUUUGUCCAGACGCUGGCGCAAGUCGUCAAGAAUAUCUACCACAUGGAUCGAACCGAAUCAUUUUUGUAUUUAGUCGGUCAGAAGCAUUGUAAAUUCGCCGAACGGGGAUUUAAACCAGAAUACUGGGACAUAUUUCAGGAUGCUAUGGAGUUCUCACUUGAGCAGAGGAUGCACAAUUUAGAAGAUUUGGACGAGCAACAGAAAAAAGACGCGGUUUGUCUGUGGAGAACACUCGCGUUGUAUACAGUCGUUCACAUGCGAAAUGGGUACAGCGAUGGUCUGAAAGGCGUCAACAAAUUUCCGCCUCUAGUAUAG